AUGGGUCGACGUUUAACGCAACAGUGGAUUGUUGAUAGUUAUGUAAAGAUUGAAAAAGAUAGAUUAAAAUACGAUCAAGAUCAUCAGUCAAAACUACGUGCAGAAUCAUAUCAAGGAUUAUUAGAUCACCUUCAGUCGCAAUUAAACAAUGAUGCAAGUAGAAGAAUCGGUAAAGUGAUUAUCUUAUCGUCGACUUUUACUAGUUCACCUAGAAAUAUGUUACAGCAUUAUCAAAAUGCGAUGGCGAUUGUUAGAAAGUUUCUUAAAGACAAUCUAUUUGGAAAAGUAGUUGCUUAUAAUUGGGUGAUUGAAUUUCAAAAACGAGGACUACCACAUUUACAUAUGUUAAUUACUUUAGAUAAUAUCUCUAAGAUGUCGACUCCCAAACGCGUGAAUAAAUUCAUCUGUGCAGAAAUACCUGAUAAAAAUGAAAAUCCUACAUUGCAUAAUAUUGUUACCACCAAUAUGCUACAUGGCCCGUGCGAAGUAGUAUCGACUGUAAGUGCAGUUAAGCAUUUAUACAAAUAUGUAUAUAAAGGGCACGAUAAAGCAGGAAUAACAAUAAACGGACAAUUACAAACACGAUUAAUGUCAUCAGUGCCAGAAUCAAAUGGCCAAUCGUCUAAACAGUCGGAAUCAUACUCCAUUAUAAAUCAUGAUGAAAUAAAAAAUUUUGUUGAUACUCGCUAUGUUGGACCUGUCGAAGGUCGGAUGUAUUCUGUUAGUCCAGCUCAAUCUGAGUUAUUUCACCUCAGAAUAUUAUUAUUACAUUCUAAAGGAGCGAGAAAUUAUGAAGAACUUAGGACCGUCAAUGGUGUGAUUCAUAAUACAUUUACAGAAACAUGUCUAGCGGCCGAACUUAUCGAAGAUGAUGAUGAAUGGAAAAGAACACUAAAUGAAGCGGUUAUUUGGAUGAUGCCUCGACAAUUACGUUGUUUAUUUGUACGUAUACUUAUUCAUUGUAAGCCACUUCAUCCUAAUGAACUUUGGAAUAAAUUUAAAGAAGCUAUGUCUGAAGAUUUAACAAAAAGAUUAGGGUCAUCAGAACGGGGGCAAAAAAAAACUUAUAUUUUUAUAAAUUCAAUGCUUCACAGAGAAGGUUAUUCUCUUGCAUCGUUUUCAAGUAUGCCACAAAUAAACGAAAUAGAAAACAUUGACGUUACAGAGCAAGAUGUAUUACCUGAAUCAGCAAAUCAUUCAAAUUAUGACAAAUUGAAUAUUCAUCAGAAGGAAGUUGUUCACUAUGUUUUAUCUAUAGUAGAUAAUUAUCAUAAUAAUGAUGUACACACAACACUUUUACCGAGUGGAAAGACUGUUCAUAAAACUUUUGGAUUACCAGUUCCUUUGUUUUCUGAUUCGUCUUCAAAUGUAAAACCUAAUUCAAAACACGGAAUUUAUUUAAGUAAUGUUGACGUAUUCAUCUGGGACGAAGCGCCAAUGUCACCUAGAUAUGCUUUAGAAAUUGAUAAUCGUACAUUGCAGGAUAUUAUGAAUAAUGAUAUUCCUUUUGGUGGAAAAAUAAUGAUUUUGGGUGGAGAUUUUCGUCAAUUACUUCAGAAUAUGCGGGCAUUGCCACAAGAAACAGAAUUUGUUCAAUUUUUAUUAGAUGUCGGGAACGGUAAAAUUAACGAUAUUGAUGAUAAAUUAGUACUUCCGAAUCAAUGUUUAGUAUCGACACGUAACAAUAUUGUAACCGAUGUAUAUCAAGGAAUUAUUAGAGGUAAACGCUAUCAUGAACUUACUGGGACUGCAAUUCUUUCAGCCCGAAAUAUCGACGUAGAUGCAAUCAAUCAAGAAGUUAUUGAAUUAUUAGAUAUUUCCACUGAAAAAUAUAUACAGCAGUUGAUAGUACUGAAAAUUGCGACAAUGGAGCUUUUGAUGACGCUACUUUAA